AUGAACUUCAAUUCUGUCUGGGCCUGCCUGCCAGUGCGCGGAGAAGACAACGACCGCUGUAGACUUCACUUUUAUGGUAAUUUCAUAUCCAACCACACCGAGCCUGCUGCAAGCAGGGUGGCUGGUAUUUCCAUGAAAUCAGGGUCGCCGAUCCCUAGAACAUACACCGGUAUUCUUGUGGUGCUCUUAUUUCCAGAAUACUCGGGUGUCAUGACAGCAGAGGGGAAAGUGAAUUUAGAAAACGGCUGA